GAAAAUGAGCAGUUAGUCAAGAAGGUGAAAAAACUACAUAUAAAAAAUAAGGAGCUAGAAAGGAAUCUGGAUCAGAUCCAAGAACAACUGUAUCUGCAGCAGUUAAUGCAUGUCUGUGGCACAAGCAGAGAUGUUCAGGUUCAAACAGAAACCCAUUUAUGGCCUAAGGGUGGAGACAGCAAGGAUCUGGUUCUAGAGAGUGACAGUGUCAGACUGCUUCAGAUGUAUAAUGAGCUUCAGAAGCGUUAUGUUAAAGAAACCAAAACAAACAAGGAGCAAAGUGAAGCCAUUAAAAAUCUCACUAUUAAAAUUAAUGAGCUAGAGCAUAAUCUUCAAGAGCAGAGGCAAAGAAUUGAGCAACUGGAAUGUAAAAAGGUUUCUUGGAAAACUAGUGCUGUUUCUAGAAAACGAAGUCAAACCCCAGAGGGAGGAGUAGCUUCUCACAAGGACAUUUCUGCAGAGAAGGAAGCCUGUUGUGGUAGAUAUUUAGAGCUAUUGUUGAAGGAGAUUAAAAAGCUGAAGAAAGAAAAUGGAAAGUUGUCUGCAGAAAAGAGAGCACUAAAAAAUGAAUUAGCUGGAUUAGACAAGGAUUUUUUUGAAGAGAUAGAAGAUCUAAAACAUGCUGUACAGGAAUCUGUGAAACUCAACAAUGAGUAUGAAAAGUGCUUGAAACAAAUCAGUGUAAUGUAUGGAUUUCCUUUUACUGCACAUUUGUAACUACUAGGUAAUUUAAUGCCAGGUAGAGUUUCUACAUAUUUUUUGUAAUUACUGCAACAUUUAAACCUACCAUUGCUUAAGUGGUACCGUAGUUUGAUAAUACAGAUUCCACAAUGUGAUCUCAUUAUGACAAGUGCUUGGAAAUGUUGUAUUUUGUGACCUAGAUUUUGUUUGUUUGUGUAUAUAUUUAAAUAAAGUCUGAUCUGCAUAAAUUCAA